AUUUCAUUGCGUGUGCGCUUACGUCACGCGUCAUGUGACCGGCAGCGGAAGUGCUCGUGUCUCCUGAGUUGGAAAUAAUCAAAACAAACUGACGAUGAAUUCAAUAAUAACAGAGACGCCGAGUAUUAAAGCAGCUGUGGCUCACAUCAACUCCAUUGACAGCAGUAAACUGUCACGACUUCUGACUCGAAUCCUGCAGAAACUUCAUCUGAAGGAGCGCUCGUUCACUGCAGACGAGGAGGAGAAGCUUCAGAGCGCUUUAUCUCUGGACAAACAAACUCUUCAUCUGCUGCUGGAAACUGUGUCCUUCAUCCUCGAGCAGGCGGUGCAUCACAAUGUUAAAGCAACGUCUCUCAAACAGCAGCUUGAGAACAUCAGCGUCUCGUCUGAGAAAGUGGAAGUGUUCAGUCAGGUUUGGUCUUCAGCCGGUCCAGAGGUGAUGGAGAAGAUCAGACAGAACAUAUUCUCUCCUCAGAAGUUGGAUCACAUCGGGUGGCAGUUGAAUCUGCAGAUGUCUCGGUCCGAUCAGACCCGUUUGAAAGCACCACACGCAGUUCUUGAUCUGGGGCUCCAAGCUGAGGAUGAUUCACAGGUAAAAUAUCAUGAAUGAAUGUCUGUGUGUUACUGGGCUGUGGUGUGAUGAUGAUCAGUGUGUGUGUGUGUGUGUCGGAGGGAUUAUCAGAUGAUUAUUAGUGAUGGAUUGAUGUGGAUCAGACUGAUUGAUCAGAUCAUAUGACCAGAAUCAGUCAGUUUCUGCUCGGUUGAUCAACUGAAGUGAUCUACUGAAAGCCCUUUCAAUAAAUAAUGCACAAUCAUUUUAUUUCAUGUAUUUUGAGAAACUUGUGAAAAAAAGUGACUUAAUUUCAAUGAGUAUGUGUACACCUCAAUUGCUGUAAUUAAAUGUUAUGAAGCUAUAUCAUACUGAGUAUUUACAGUAUAUAUCUGCAGUAUAUUAAGCUUUGUUUAGUCGUUGUCAUCAGUAGGUCUGCACGAUAUCACAAUAACCAUAAUCGAUAUUGUCAUUGCAUUUCAUUUAGAUUAAUAGAAUUGUCAUUAGCAUAUUUAUUUUGCGUCUUUAUGUAUUCUUUCUCAAGCUGAGAUCUGUGUUCCUGAAUAACUUUAUUUCCAUUUGAUCAUCAGUACAUCAAGACUAGUUGCACACAUGGCGCUCUUAGCAACAUAAGCUAAGAAUCAAUCUGCUGUGUGAAUCAAUCAUGCUCAGAUUUGUGUGUGAUAUGAUUAUAAGUGCUGCACAAACACAUGUUGACACAACAGGAGCAGACCUUCAUUGACUGCUGGGUAAUUGUGGCAGCUGUAAUUGUAAUCUCCAUGUGGUGGCGCUGUUGCUGCAUGGACUGUGUGUGAGUAUGUGAGUAUGUGUGUGUGUGUGUGUGUGUGUGUGCCAUGUGGUGGUGCUGUUGCUGCAUGUACUGUGUGUGUGUGUGUGUGUGUGUGAGUGU